AACAAACAAAAAAGACAACUUUUGAUCCCUGAGGCUGCUAAUUCCAACUGUGUGCAUGUGCUUAACAAAUACCUCCGCACCCAGGCCUGGGAAGCUGGCUGCUUUGUUUAGAGCAAAUACGGCAGGCCCAAGUGGCAACUGACGAUAACGAACUGGACGCGUGUUUCUCCUGCAGCGAAGGUCAUGGUGCUGACAGCCUCUGCCUUGCACUUUGUCCCUGGGAAUCAGGCCUGUGGCCAGUCCUGCCUCCUGGAAAGCCGGGGUGCGUGAGAGGACCUGAUGCGGAGCGGGACCCCAUCCUCUCCGUAUUUCCCCAAGAGCCGGCGGCACAGGCUGCCUGCGCUCCUUAAGCUAGGUCAGUUCUCAGGCCCACAGUUCUCGUCCUCUGGCCCGGAGUUCUCGUUCUCCUAACAUCCUCCGCAGAAAACGACCUUCAUUUUUCCCUCUUGCGCCGGUCUUGAAGCGGGGCGUCCUUUGGGCUCACGUUGCGGCGCUCAGCGGGCUCAACCGUCAGCCGCCUCCAGGGCCUCAGGAGCAGUGGUUGGGGCCCGCCCUCCAGCGCCCGGGAUCCUCGGCCCAGCCCUGCUCCGAGCGCGUCACAAUGGCGUCGCGGCCCCGCCCCCGGACGACCGGGCGCGGUCCCAGCCUCCUUCGGUUUCGUGGGGAAGCCGGACUGCGCCAUGUCUUCUAAAGAAGGCUGGGGGAAGAGUCCGGCCAGCGAACAAGAGGGCAGCUGGUAGCAGGGUGGGAUGCCAGUGGCGUACGGACGAGGCCCAGCCAGGCACGCGGGAGCAGCAGGACUUCCGGAAGCGCAGGCAGCGCUCGACCGGAAGGGGCCCGGGACUGGCGCAGGCCCCGCCCCUCGGAGGCCCCGCCCAGGGAGCGCUGCGGCAGUUUCCAUGGUGAAAUGGUCAACAGGCCCGAAAGUUCCUCAGCUACGACGACCACCAGGUACCUCGGGUUCCUCCUUCCUCCGAGAGACCGCCGAGGUGCGGGCUGUAAGAGCGGGAGCGUGGAGCCUCCGAGGCCGAGGAGGAGUGGCAGCAUCUGGACCCUGCCCAGAGGACCCUGUACAGAGAUGUGAUGCUGGAGAACUACAACCUCCUCCUCUGUACAAAGAUGUGAUGCUGGAGAACUACAGCCUCCUCCUCUCAGUGGGGUAUCGUAUUACCAAACCAGUAGUGAUUUGCAAGUUGGAGCAUGGAGAGGUGCUGUGGAUAUUAGAGGAAGAGUCCCCAAGUCAGAACCACCUAGACUGCUGCAUAGAUGAUAACCUGUUGGAGAGGAGACAGGAAAAUCAAGACCAGCAUUUGCAGAAAGUUGAUUUUUUCAACAACAAAACACUGACUAUGGACAGAAAUGGUGUAUUAGGAAAAACAUUUUAUCUUGACACAAACCCCAUUCUAUUAAGAAAAAUACGUGGCAACUGUGACUCAUAUGGAGUGAAUUUGAAUUAUAUUUUGGAAUUAAUUAUUAGUAAUAGAAGCUCCUUUAUAAGGAACCCUUCUGAGUGUAAUGCACAUGGGAAAGUUUUCCUUUGUAUGAAGCGUGAAAAUCCUUAUGCCAGAGGGAAACCUUUGGAAUAUGAUGGAAAUGGGAAAGCCAUCUCUCAGAAUGAGGACCUAUUUAGGCAUCAAACUCUGAAGCAGUGUUUUGAAUACAAUCAGUGUGGGAAGGCUUUUCAUGAAGAGGCAGGCUGCAUUACCCAUAAGAGAGUAUGCUCAUGGGAGACCCUGUGAAUAUAAUGGACAUGUGAGAGCCUUUCCGAUAGACCAAUAUUCAUUGUUCAUCAGAUAACUCACAUAAGGGAGAGUUCCUAUGAAUUCAAUGAAUGUGAGAGGAGGUCUGGUGAGAAGCCACCUGUAAGUAAACACCACAGAGUUAAUGGAGAUGGAACACUAUGAGUGUAAUGCGAGAGAAUAGUUUUGGCAAGAAAUCACUCCUCAUUCUACGAAGUUACAGAGGAGAGAAAACUUUUGACUGUAAUAGAGAUUUGAAAGUAUUCUGCAGGAAGCCAAAUUUCACUCAGCAUCAAGAAACACGUAUAGGAAAGAAUGCCUAUAAAAUUAAUCAGCAUGCUAGUACAUUUUGCCGUAAGCCAAAACUUUCUGUAUAUCAGAAAACAGAUGGAGGAGAAAAACUCUAUGAAUGUAGUGAAUGUGGGAAAACCUUCUACCAGAAGUCAUCCCUCACAGCACAUCAGAGAACACACACAGGGGAGCAACCCUAUGAAUAUAAUGAAACCUUUUACCAGAAUCCUGACUUUGCUAAACAUCAGAGAGACAACAUAGAGGAAACCCUUGUCAACAUCCUGAAGGCUCAGAAACCUUCACCUUCUUGGACUCAUUCCAUAGCAACCCAGGUUGGGGUGAGAACACCCAAUAAAGAUGAGAAAUCUUUUGCCUAGAA